AUGAAGUGCCAACACACCGCCAUCCUGGCUGCCCUCGCUGGGCUCACUGCUGCUGAGGUUCCCCAGGAACACUCGCACGAGAAGUAUCUCAUCGCCGUCAACGAGCUCCUCCAGCUCAACAACCCCUUCAACAUUGCCGACUCCGUCUUUGGCUUCCUCGGUGCCGCCGCCGCUGCCGACGGUGCGGGUGACGUGACCAACACCGACUGUCUGCAGCAGAUCACUGCCGACUCGGCGUUCACAGGCGCCAAGACUGCCGGCGACAUCGACGGCAUGGCUAACGCCCUCAUCUUCCGCGCCCUCGAGCGCAACAGUCUCUCCGUGGGCGAGCGCAGCGCUCUGUGCAACGAGACGGCUGAGAACCCGGAGAUCGCCGCCAUCUCGCAGCACCAGGAUCCCGCGUCCGAGGGCGCCGCUGAGGAGAACAAGGCCAUCACUCUGGCUCUGGCGCAGCAGCUUGCACUUAUCGGAGCUGACCCCCAGCUUGCGCUCGAGUCGGGGACAUUCCCCCCUGGCGAGCUGGGCUCACGGUGCGGCGCCGGCGAGGCCACCGUCGCUGCUUGCGAAGAUGGUGCUGCUGCUGCGAGUGGGUUGGAGGGGGAACAGGCUGCUCAGGCUUUCAACUCUGCGCUCGGACUGUAA